AUGCUGGCAUCGACACCGCUGGCUGCGACUGCGCGAUCUGCGCUCCGGCGCGGCUCUGGCGCGGCUGCGGGCCGACAGCCGCUGCUUCUCGCCUCGGCAGCCCCGACGCUCUCACCGAUACGGGCUGGCGCAGCGACGCAGCCGGGGACAAGAUACGCCUCCAACCGCCCGUCUGGCUCGGCGAGCCCGUCCUCGUCGCGCUCGUCCAAGAUCAGCCACCCUGCCUUUCGCAGCGGCAACCGCGCAACCCCAUCCUCGAGCACAGCCACCUCGUCGGAUCGAUCCGCCGACGACGACGCCGACGGCAGCGAGCCGAAACCGGGUGACCUGCCUCCGCGCAAGGGACCGCUGCGCGACGAGGAAAUCGCCCGGCGCGCCAAGCACGUCCGCCUCGUCGAUCCAAAGACUGGCUCCCUCGCCGGGCCCUUCCCCGUCCUCGAGAUCCUCGCCAAGCUCGACCGGUCGCGCUACCGCAUCGAACAGGUCGUGGCCGCCGUCCGCCCCGCCGACGAUGCGUCUCCGCCGCCCCCGCCGCCCCCGCCGGGCGACUCGACCAGGACCGUGGCCGAGAUGAAAGAGUACCCGAUCUGCAAGCUCAUCGACAAGAAGGAGGACUUCAAUCGCCAGCGCGACCUCAAGCGCAAGCAGAAGGCCAACGAGGCCUCGAGCCCCUCGGCCGCCGGCCAGAAGGAGGUGCAGCUUACCUGGACCGUGGCUGGCAACGACCUCUCUCACAAGCUCUCAAAGGCCCGCAAGGAGCUCCUCAAGGGAUCCCGGAUCAACGUCGUCAUCACGGCAAAGUCCGGGAGCAAGCGCUACGUGCUCGGCAGGGACGCCGCAGAGGAUGAGAAGCGCGCAUCCCUGCUCCGCAGCGUCGAAGACUUCCUCUGCGACGGAGAGGAGCUCGACCAGGCAGCCGAUGCCCCUGCCGCUGAUGCUGCCGCCGCCGUCGAUGACGCCGAGCCAGCAGCGGGCCACGCUCGUGGCCCACCGGUCGGCAGGCGGACCGGCGAGGUCGUGUGGCAGCGGGGCGGCUCAGCCGUCGUCAGCUUCGAGCGCAUCGACCGGGGCAAAUAG